CUCAAUUAAAAGCUUUAGCUAAUAAUGUUAAUGAUGAAUCUUCUACAACUUCAGAAGAGAAAAAAAAUCCUCACCAACUUAAACAUAAUUUAUCUACUAAUAUAUUUGAGAGUUUAUAUAAAUUAUCUGAAAUUCAACAUGUUAAAAAUCAAAGUCAAUUUGAGUGUAGUGUAGAUAUUUUAAAUAUAUUUGAUAAUGAUUUUCCUAUUGAUAAUGAAAAAGUACCAUAUAGUAAUUAUCAAAAUAAUAUCGCAGCUCGUGAAUUUAUUAAGUCAAUUGGCCAUGUUAUAGAACAAGAGCACAACAGAAUUCCUGCUAUUAUAACAAAAUUUGCACAUGCUACAAUUAAGUUAUUAGAAAAAAGAUUUCCAAAUCGAACUCAAAUUAAUGUAUUUCAUAUUUUUAAUCCAAUGGCUUUGCUUGCUAAUAAUUUAAAUUUACAAAAAUAUAGCAAAGAUGAGAUUGAAAUUUUAAGCAAUUUUUAUGGUCAAGAUAAAUUCAUAUCAGAAGUUUUAUUUCCUGCAAAAUUGAAUCCUGAAAAUUUAAAAUAUGAGUG